AUGGACCGGAACGAUCUCAAGCGCAAAGCUCCAGAGCCGCUAUUUGUGUCUGCAAAGAUUGCAGAGCUUACCUCCGAGCUCAAGAAGAACGAUGCCAUGCUUCGAGAAGAGAUUCAAGAGCUUCGUGACGAAAUAAGUGAUUUGAAAACACAACUAACGAGCAAGACCAACGAAUGCAGUCACAUGGAGGCUGAAGCCCAAUUUCUUCACCCUGAUGCAGUAAUGGAUCGUGUUCGUACAAAGUUCUGGCACCACGGCGACCUCAGCCUUCUUCGGCGAGCCAUCGAUCCAAGGACGCGGAAGCUUCGUGUCACAAAAAGUCGAGGUGAUCAGUCUUUAUACCUUUGUGAUACUGCCCCGAAAAAAGCAAAGAAGACGCACGUGCGUGAUGGCAGAUCUCCUGAGCUCAUGCCAAAGCAAGAGUACGAGCAAACGGCAGGAACGGAAGCUGCAGAUUUUCUAUCGACCCACCCAAAACAUGAUGUUGAAGAAGACCAAGAUAAGUCGGAUGCUGAUUGUGUUUCGACACGAGGGGAGAAGGAACAGGAUGGAGUGGACGGUGACUGUGAUUUGAUACGACAAGAGGAGGAACACGAUAAAGUGGAAAGCGGUGACACGAGUCCGCUAAGAGAAGGGAAGAAACAGAGCGAAUUGGACUCUGGCAGUCUUUCGCCUGUGUCACAAGAAGAUGCGUCCAUGAAGACAAUAUCGCCAAAACAUGAUGUGCAGCAGCAAGAUGACAUUUCCAAAUUUGUCGCAAGGAAUGAUGACGAAUGA